GAUAGCUCGGUCAGUCUUCUUUCGUCAUACGGGCUGAUCAGCUGUGCUUUCGUAUCCGCAAUUUAAGGGAGAAGAAAAAAACAUUCUUGCAAGUGUGUCUGAUGUGGUGGUGAUUCUUUGCUGAAUUAACGUUUUUGUGACAGAACAUUUCUGAUUUUAUUACCAAAGUGCCAAAGUUGCCGAUAGGUUUUCAUAAUGCCACCAAAGGAGGAUCCAGAAAUUACCGCUCUGAAGAAAGAACUUAACGAUCUGGUGACGAAAAUUAAGGACGAACAGAAGAAAGCGGCCGAUUGCACGCUACAGGAGAAAUGCUCCGAUAUGGGCGAUGUCCCCAAGGUGCGUAUCAGCACAAAGAAGUUCCUCAAAGGUCACAUCAACAAGGUUAAUUCCGUGCACUUUGCUGGUGAUUCCCGGCACUGCGUCACGGGUUCGUUGGAUGGCAAACUCAUCAUCUGGGACACCUGGACCGGCAACAAGGUACAGGUCAUUCCCCUCCGAUCGGCCUGGGUCAUGAGUGUUGCCUAUGCGGAUUCGGGAAACUUCGUAGCAUGCGGCGGUAUGGACAACAUGUGCACCGUUUACGAUUUGAACAACCGCGAUGCCCAGGGCAACGCCAAGAUUGUGCGUGAGCUGAUGGGCUACGAGGGAUUUUUGAGUUCGUGUCGUUUUCUUGACGAUACCCACAUAAUCACCGGCUCGGGAGAUUUGAAGAUCUGUGUCUGGGAUCUACAAGCGGGCAAGAAGACAUCCGAGUUCGAUGCGCACGCUGGUGAUGUGGUAUCAAUUUCAAUGAGCGCGGACAAAAACACUUACGUUACCGGUUCUGUGGAUCGCACUUGUAAGCUGUGGGACGUCCGAGAGUCGACUCCCAAGCAAACAUUCUUUGGCCAUGAGGCCGAUGUGAAUAGUGUUUGUUACCACCCGAGUGGUUUUGGAUUCGCUACUGGAUCAGAAGAUAAAACUGCACGACUGUUCGACUUCCGAUCGGAUCAACAAAUUGGACACUAUGAGCCACCGAACAAAAGUAGUGGAUUUACUUCUUGUGCACUAUCACUUAGUGGAAGAUACAUUCUUUGUGGAUCGGAUGACAACAACAUACACAUCUGGGACACAAUGAAGGGACAGCAUAAUGGUGCCCUUAGCGGCCACGAGAAUCGUAUCACAUCCAUCUGUAUGGCUCCAAACGGAAUGGCAUUGGCUUCCUGCAGCUGGGACCAAAACGUACGCGUAUGGGUUUAAGGUGACCCGUAUGACAUUCGAAACAGCGAAUUGCGACGUAUUGAAUACUUUUGUUUGUUAUAUUUUUAUGCAAUCACUGUUUGACUAUCCAUCUGGGUUAUGCUAUAUGAAAUGGCGCUCCAAUCUCUCAGCGAUUUGAAGCAAUGAGAAUCAUUAUAUCAUGAAGUUAUUCUA